AUGUCGUUCCUGCUCCUACAUCACUCAACAGCUCAUUGGAGCACACACUGCCUCCUGGCAUGUGUUUUCAUCAUGCUAACCUUCUCUGGACCAGUUUCUCCCCUUCAUGCUCCCCCAGUAACAACCAGUGUGCGCUCUGCUUUCUCCGCCACACAAACCAGCAGCGUAGUGGGAGGCAAGCAGAAGGCCGUGACCUUCAACAGGCUCUUGGUCAACAUCGGAGGGGAUUUCAAUUCAGACACUGGUCGCUUCCGCUGUCGCAUCCCUGGGGCGUACUACUUCUCCUUCUCAGUGGGGAAGUUUCCAAAGAAAAUGCUUUCUGUCAUACUGGUGAAGAACGGGGAGGAGGUGCAGGCGAUAGCGUAUGAUGACUACCGCAAGAAAGGAAGGAAAGUUCAGAGUCAGAGUGUCAUGAUCGGUUUGAAGGAGAUGGACACAGUGUGGCUGCUUCUGCAGCAGAGUCCUCAGUAUGCUUUGUACAGCAACGCUGGGCCUUACAUCACGUUCUCUGGUUACCUCAUCUACCCUGACCUCCCCACAGCCAGCCACAUCAGCAACUACCUGUCCCCACCGGGCCCGUCCCCCCCCCAGUGCCCUCCCGAGGCGUCCGAGCAGCCACGCUCUGCCUUCUCUGUGGCACGGACGUCCACACUCAUGGGUCAGAGCAGCCGGCUGCAGGACAAGCCACCUCUGACCUUUGACGUGGAGUAUGUCAACAUCGGGGGUCAUUUCAACAAAACCUCAGGCCUUUUCACCUGCCACUACCCGGGGGCUUACUUCUUUGCCUUCACUGUGGGGAAACACCCCCGUAAGGCCGUGUCCGUGAAGCUGAUGACCGGGAAGGGCGAGGUGCAGGCGAUGGUGUUUGACGAGGACACGUCGAAGAGGCGGGAGAUGCAGAGUCAGAGUCUGCUGCUGUCUCUGCGUCGGGGCGACAGCGUGUGGCUGUACAGUCAGCAGGACGAGCGCUACGCCGUCUACAGCAACCAGGGGCGCUACACCACCUUCUCUGGAUUCCUGGUUUAUCCUGAAGCAGAACUUCUCACAUCUCCGACCAACCAGGACAGAACUCACCUCUAG